ACACAUCACGAGACGAUCAUCAUCUUCAUUUCAUCCCCCAUACUUUCCCCACCCCUUAUAUACUCACCCUCAUCGCCACCUUCUCAAUUCACCCCUUCAAUCUCUACCUCUAAUUCAUUCUCUUCAUAAUGUCUGAUCAAUCAAGAAUGGCUCAGAUGACCCGGGAAACCGCACCAACCUCUCAACAAGCGGUCAAGUUCCUGACGGCCGCCACCCUCGGUGCUGCUUGUUUGUUUUUGUCCGGUUUAACGUUAACCGGGACUGUGGUAGCUCUGAUCAUAGCAACUCCGGCUCUGGUGCUUUGCAGUCCGGUUUUAGUGCCGGCUGCUAUAGUCAUAUUCCUGGUUAUUUGUGGGUUCUUUUUCUCAGGAGGGUGUGGGUUAGCGGCCAUAAUGGCUUUGACAUGGAUGUAUAAUUACAUGACAGGGAAGCACCCACCUGGCGCUGAUCAGUUGGAUUAUGCGAGAGGACAGAUAGCAAGAAAGGCUCAGGAUAUGAAAGACAGAGCUAAGGAGUAUGGCCAGUAUGUUCAGCAAAAGGCUCAAGAAGCUACUCAGACUCAACCGUCUUGAUCCUACGUUGUUUUUGUAACUUCUUUUUAGAUAUGUGUUUGGUUGGUGCAUGUUCUUGAUUGUGUCGCAGCAUUGAUGUAAUUCCUUUGGGUUUGGUGCUUUGAUAAUGUUCUUGUGUUUUAGAUAUUUUGAGGAUGAUCUUGUUGGGUUAAUAAAUUAAUGUUUAGUUUGUUGUAAGAA